AUGAGCCCAAACAUGCUCUCUGCAGUGAUACAGAAGCUUAUUCGUCGCCUGUGUUUGGAUGAUUUCCCCUGUGGACACGGCAGCUGGAGAAACACAAAUGGAGCAGAAAGAGAGGAGACAGACGCCCUCCUGGAUCUGCUGAGCUGCCCUCACUCUCCGUGGUGGCUCGAUACGUCGUGGAGCCCUCAGGCUCCAGCGCUGAGACAGCUAGCUGUGCUCACACCUCACCGUCUGCAUGGCAAGUUUAUCUACGGUUACUUCACCACACUUCGGAUUGUGGACAAGGAUGUGUCAGUCAUCGAUGAUGGUCUUCUAAAAUUUACAAAUCUAGGAGAAUUGGUGCUGGGUGUCAACAACAUCUCUAAAAUCCCUGCAGAAAACCUUCCCAGCACUUUAAAGAUUUUGGAGCUUUGUGCAAACCAGGUGUCUUCCCUGAACAGUCUCACCAGCCGCCCGCCUCCUCGCUUGCAGCACCUCGGCCUCAGCUCAAAUGGACUGGGCUCUAAUGAAGACGUUUCUCAUCUGACAGGAAGGCACUGGCCUCAGCUGGUGUGUCUGGACCUCAGUGACUGCGAGUUUCAGGACCAGCGGACUCUCCUGAAUGCUCUGAGCACGCUGCCCUGUCUCAGGACAUUAAUGCUGGAGGGAAAUCCCUUCACUUUGGCCUCCUGUUACCCUGGCUUCACUGUGGACAGUCUGCCUCAGCUCUUCUGCCUGGACACCUUGUGGAUAUCCUCAGAGGAAAGACAUCGAUUCAGGGGUCUGGCAGAUAUAAGAGAUCUGAUGAUAGAGCAGGCAUCAGUCACAGUGAGCAUUGGCAGGAUGAGGGGGAUCCCAGACCCUUUAAAGGGUGUGGAUGAAAUUGCUCCUGAGUUCCCCGUUGUCUCCUACAGCUAUUACAUCUCAUACAACUUCUUUAGCAAUCAAACUGAUGCUAAUCAGACGUUAGACAGUGAGUCAAAAAACAACCCUGAGGCUGCAGCCAAUGAGACAGAAAGCAGCUUCAGUGAUGUAUCGAACAAAUCCAGCGACAAAGAAAACGAAACACUCAGAGACGAAGAUAUACAGCACUCAACGGUGCACACUGAGAAAACCUGCUGUGAUGCUGUGUCCAUGUGCAGCACAUUGAAGCUGGCCUGGUCAGAGUGUCUGGACUUCAGUGACACACGAACAUUCCCCGUGAGUGAUCUGAAGAAGUUUAAGAGAUUCCUAAAACAAGGACUUCCUCUCAGGAUAGAAGAAGAAAAGAUCCUGUCGUGGCCAGCGGUGUCAGAGGAUGUUCCAGCAGCCAAACUAAACCUAGCUCUUAAAGAGAAAAAAGGCGGGAAAGGAAAAGAAAUCCCAAACAAAUCUGGAUCCAUCAAAGAUAAGCCUAAAGACAAGAAGAAGAAAUCAGCACAGGAGCUGGUCCAUGACGCCCCCAUCACUAGGGUCCUUGCGUCUGUCCACGUCCCCCUGGAGAACCUGCUCAACACCGGUCAGAAAAUCGAUGUCCUCUGUGAGUUUGGUGAGCUGCUAACAGAGUCUGAGGAUGCUGGUAGGAAAACCAAAGAGGAUGGGAAGACAGACGAAAAGGAUUCAAAGGGGAGAGGAGGCAGCGGCACCAGACAGAAGAAUUCAGCAGCUUCUAAAGGCAAAGGAAAGGGAAGGAAGGAGAGUGACACAGAUGACAACACAGACAACUCUGUAAAUCAACCUACGUCUUCUGAGGAAAAUUUCACAGCUAGCGGGCUAAGAGGAGAACCACAACGACUACCGCUCGGAUCAGACCCAGACAGGCACAGCCCAGCGCACGAGCAGGCUGCCCAACGGCCGAGAGGAACGUCAACGGUCGGUGCCGACCAAAGAUGAAUCGUUGAGCAAGAUGGUGCACUCCCUCAUAGCUGGGAGAGAAGAUUUUACGCCGAAACUUUAACCAUCUAUGUUUGGGAACUUGAGUACAGGGAGAAUAGGGAAAUAAUUUCUUGGAAAAGGCACACGUUCACACAAUGGUGCAAUUUAAAUGGCGGUUUUAUUUGCAUUAACAGCGCAAAUAACAAUUAUCAAGUACGGAAGCCCUAAACGGACAAACAUACGCAUGUUUAAUUUUGCUUAGUUUUCCUUCUGCUCUUUUAAAGCAUUUUCUCAAGUGUGUUUUUUGCUAGGUUUUAGUUUUUAAUCUGAGUUUUAACUCAUUUCUAAUUAAUUGUAUUUUGCCUUUUUGUACACCAUCAUCCUAUUUUAAACUACUUGUCUCUGACUGAUUUAACAACUUUAUUGUAUUGAUAUAUAUUCUACUGACUGUUUUUAUUUCUCAUGUCUCAUGUAGCCUUCAAAAUUGUAAAACAGAUCAAGUUUAAUAUAAUUAUUAACUUUAUUAUUUUCCUCCAGAUUUCAACUUAUUUUUCUUGUAAUAUAGCAAUACUAAUUUUUCUGUGAUACUUUAAUGAAAUCUGAAGCACAUAUCUAAAAUCAACUCAUAAUAACAAAAAAGUUAUUUUAUCCCAAAAUAAUUAAGUUGAGAAAACAACCAAGCUUCCCUUCUCAUGAAGGGAAAACUGAAUAAAACAUGUUCUUUUAGGGCUUCCAUGGGCACCAAAAAUGUAAACUUUAAUAUGAUACUAUUAAAAAUCAAGAUAUGAAUAGCUUUUCAAUACCAAAGCAAUAAAAAAGUCCCACAUAACCAAUACAGGGGCUUUCUUGUCUCCAGCGAAUAAAAAUUGCAUGAAACCUCCAACAUACUGUCUUAAUUGCACAGGUUUGGCUAAGUCUCAGCACUGAAACACUGCCAACAUGUGGCCAAAGGAGCUAUGCUUGCAGUUUUUGAAAGGAUUUCUUUUUUCCUAUUGACUGUUUUGUUCAAAAAGAUGUACAUUUUAAGCUUCAAGGCUAUUAUUAUGAUAAAGAUUGAAUAAUUUAAAAAUGUGGUAUUGAAAAGUAAAAACAAACUUAAUACUGGAUGGCUGGACUUUGAGUUUUGCCACUCUAUGGACAAAUGAAUACAUACAUUUUUGUUGAUGUUCGAUAUGUGGGGGUACAUGUAUUAUUUUUUUUAAACAAAAAUCUCAUCCUGCUUUCUUUUAAUAUCAAAUGUAUCAGUCUGUUUUUGCAUCAUGCAGUAUUUUUGCUUCAUCUGACACCAAGCCUGCAAUAACCUUUAAGGGCAUUUAGAUCUACCCUACUCUUCCCCGAUGUUUUUUUUUUUUUUUUUAUUGGCCUAAAUCUAUUUUGUAGACAAAAACUUCUUCUUGGAAAACAUUUUACCAAAGGAACUCUCAACUAGAGAAUAAUGGUUCUGUGAUUGAGCUGAUACUUUUCAUUUUCUAUUCCUGGGAUUGCACAAAGUUAGAUACUUUCUAGAGGCCUUUGGGACAACACAAACUCUAAUCUCCACAUAAAUAACCUUCUAAAUAACGUUUAGAUAAGAUCUGUAGUUUUUUUUUGUUUUUCAAAGAAGAUUGAGUUUGUAAGUAAAGUGAUUGCCACAGGAAGAACAUUAAUUUCUAAGAAGAAAGUAAAUACAAAUAAGACAAAUGUUACAAUUUUUUGAUUUACUACUUUAAUUUUAGUGCUACUACUGACUGCAGAUUUUGAUAUUCCAAACUUAUGUCUGGAUGGUAUAAGUUUGGGCUUUUUGUACAAGGUUGCCAUGGAUUUACAAUGAGUGAAAUGAUUCAACCUUUGUCUUGGUUUUAUCAGUUUAGCUAACCUCUGCAAAUGUUUGAGUGCCUAUUUGCAUAAGUAUGUGCUGUUUGUGGGUGAGUGAGUACUCAGAAUGCAUGCAUGUGCAUGUCAAUAACAGAAUUGUCCUCUGUGCAUGCAAGCAUUGCCUUUUACUGUAUUUUCAAACCUAUAUUUUGACUUUUUAGGAUGCCUUUGUGUUAGCAGUUGAGUUUGAAAGAGGAAAAUGAACUUCAUUUCAGCAGUCAUAUUAAGCGAUAAGGAUGCAUUGUGUAUUAGGGGAAUGUAGACAAGGCCUUCUAAUGCCAUAUCAACAAAGACUGAACAUGGAAAUCAGAGCAAGCUUAAUAUAGCAACAGAGGGUA